GCUGGUUUUAGCGCCUGAGCGAAGCGGGCCCUUUCUGAAGGGGGCCUUAUUGCUUCCCGGCCGUGCGGGCGGCACCGGGCGUCUGCCCCGCGGCCGGCAGGGCUGCCUCCCGGGCUCUGGGAAGCUUCUGGGGCCGUCCGGUGCGGAGGAGGGCAGGGUCGCCGGCAGCCCCGGCUCGCCGUGGUGGCUGGGGCUCCGCGUCUCCUUCCGUGCUUGCUGCUUGGCUUGUGGGUGACGCGGGGCUGGCUGGCGCUGAGGGGCACCCGGGGAGACCGGCCCUGGGCUACCCCGCCUUCCAGUAAUUCCUCUUUGUUUCUGAAGCGCUUGAGUGCCAGCGUUCGGUAUGUGAGCUGUCCUCCAGGAAUAUAUUUGGCUUCAUCGCCGUUUUGUUUCUUCCGGUGGUUUUGGUGGUGGCGGCUGGUUUUUUGUUUGUUUUUUGGGGUUUUUUUAAUCGCCUUUAAUCGUCCUUUUAGUCGCCUUUAAUUGUCCUUUCUUGUUUCGUUUUCAUAGGUUCUGUUUAUUUUUAGUUGUUCAUCAUACCAGCCUUAUUGAUCAGCUUCACAUGUCAGUAGGUCCAAGCCAAAGCGAACUGCGUUUUUGUUAGUCUUUUAAAUGUUUCUGGCUCCUUAAAAACGAUUGAUCAUCUCUUCCCAAAACCUUCAGGAUGACCCUAAAAAAGUCAAAAUUAUAAUUUCCUUUAUUUCCCCCCCCCCCUUCAUUUUUCCUCUCCCUCUCUCUUUUCCAGGUAUAGCUUAGUGUUAUGGGUGAUACAAAAGAAGCUAAAAUGCAGAUAACACCAGAAACUCCAGGACGAGUCACAGUCCUGAAUCCUUUUGAAAGUCCCAGUGAUUAUUAUACUCUUCAGGAGCAGAUUGUCUCCAGUCCUUCAGUCUUUAAAUCAACAAAAUCCUCAUCUACACCAGGAAAAUUUAGAUGGUCUAUUGAUCAGCUUGCUCUAAUAAAUCCUGUGGAAAUUGACUCGGAAGAUGUUCGACGCCAAGCAAUGUAUUUGAGUCAUGCUAGAAUUGAUAAGGAGAUGGAAGACAGAAGGCAAAAAGCCAUUGAGGAGUUUUUCACAAAAAGACUCAUAGUUCCUUCUCCUUGGACUGAACAUGAAGGCAAGCAGGUUUCUCAGUUUAAUUCAACUAAAUCCAUAGAUCUAAAUUACAUUUCUCCAAUUAGAAGACAGCUAACUUUGCAUCCUGGGAAGAGCAAUGCUGCUUGUCAGACAGUACUGUCUUUGCCAGUGGAUUUUAAUUUAGAGAAAAUACUAGGUGAAUAUUUUAGAACUGAUGAAUUUGCAGAUCAGUCUCAGGAAAAUCUGAGCUCUUCAUCACUCAGAAGAAAGCUGUUUUUAGAAGAAAAUGGAAGUGUAUCUGAGUGUUUGUCCCCUUCUCUGCAUAGUCCAUGCAGUAGUCAGCCACUUGAAGUGCUUUGUUCAAUAGACAUAUCUCCAGUACGGUGCAGAAGCCCUCUGGAAACAUCUAGUUCAGGUCAGUUUUCGUCAAGUCCUAUUCAAGGAGGAACAAGGGCUUAUAGUCUGGGAAGUAUAACCAGUCCUACGUUUCCAGAGGGGUCUCCUGCACAUAAUGGUUCUCCUACUUUUUCACCAAUUGCUUUUCACAUCAGAAAGACACCACUGUCAGACCAAAGAAAAUUUACAUUUCGUUCUCCAGAUAUUCCUUCUUCCUCAAGUAGAAUGACACCCCCAAGUACAAGAAGUCCUUAUAUAGAUGGUUGUUCUCCAAUUAAAAAUUGUUCUCCUAUGAGGCUUGGAGCUUGUAGAGGAACUGCCCAGUAUCAGACUUCUGUCAUUAGAAUACCAAUUGCAGUUGAGAACCACGGUGUAGAUGAGAAAGACAAGGAAAAUGCUUCUCCAGCAGAAGCUCGGUUCCCAGAAAUGGAUAAUGGAAUAAACUUAUGUCAGCAAGAUGGUGAUACUUUUGCACAUGGUACACAUCUCGUGGUAGCAACUGUGUCUAUUGCACCAGAUCACUCAGAAGCUUGUUGUCAAAGGUUGUCAUCAUUUCAGGAUAUAGAAGGCUCAAAGGAAAAUAAUACCAUAGAUAUGGCUGAUGCAGCUGAAGUGUCAGAGGAAAACGCUUGGAUAAAAGAAACAAUUGGCAAUAGCAAUGCUCCAAUGACCAGCUUUAUGACGGGGAUUACUUUCAGUAUUGAAAACUCUCGCAUGUGCAUGUCACCUCUUGCAGAAAGCAGCGCAAUUCCUUGUGACAACAGUAGUAUUCAGGUGGACAGUGGUUAUAAUACACAGACUUGUGGAAGCAGCAUUAUGGAUGCUGCGGGGGCUGAAAACAGUUGCAGAGAAAAUGAUGUGAAUACUAACGUGUUUCAGAAUAAAUCUCAUCUCCUUAGAACAAAGGAGUGUACUGUUUUAAACCAUAAGGACAAUCAGUUGCUGAGAGCAAAAUCUCCAGAGAAGCAAUCCUGUUUCCAAAAAGCAAAACCACGCAGUACAGUAUUUGGUCAGAAUACAACUUGUAACAUUUCUGCCUGGAAACAUAAAAAUGAAAAUCAAGUUCAGGGUUUUCACAAAAAUGCAAGGAUAUCCAGUCCCAGGAUACUGGAUGGAUGUUCUGCUUCCCAUUCUGUUCCACAACCCACAGGAAAGCUUGUACCAAAGUGAUAGACUGUGGCUGAUGAGUAGCUAUUGGCACACUAAGCCUCAAACAGUUGGUCACACCUAAAUUCAAAGGCAACUGACAACACUUUUUAAAAAUCUGAAAAGGGGAGGUGCGAACAGAAUUGCACAGCAUGAAAAAGCAAUGCAUUAGACCUGAGACUUGGGUGCAAGAGUUUUGUAAGGUUCUAAAAGUUAUUUAUAGCCUUGCAUCUUUUCUGUUUCUCAUGAUACUUCUUUUUAACAACAGUCAAUUGAAAGGGUGAAUUUCAGAUUCCUGGACUGUACAAAGGAUUUAUUUUUGCAAGUGUGAUUACUAAAAAUACUAGUAAUGUUAAUGUAAAGGGGAAGAUGAAAAGCAGGGCGGUCCAAAUUAUGAUCUGUUUCUGAACGAUUUGGCGUGAUAUGUCUAAUUAAGAUUUGGUUUUAUUUUUUUAAUUAAAACUUUUGAUUCUUUAUAAUGAUAUGUUCAAUGAUCAGACCCUGUGUGAGUAUUUUCUUAAAGGUAAGGGAAAAGUAACAUCAGAAAUGGGUGAAUGUGAGAAGUAACUAAGGAUCCCCACUCAAAUAAAUUGCCUGUAUUUUCUGUCCCGUUUUUAUAGUCUUCAGUUAGAUGGGAAUUAUUUAUUUUAUGAAAAGGUGCCUAUUUUUUAUUAUGUUCGUAUAAUUGUUUUGUAGAGGAAACCUACUGUGCAAAUUAUCACGGAAAUCAUUUGACCAUUCUGUUUCUCUAGUUGUACUUAAUGCAUUGGUUGGUACACGUUGCAAGAAAUGGUCAUUGUUUACAUUAAAUUAAUUUUGGUAGUUUUAACGAGGGUCAUUUAACAUGUAUAAUUGUAAAUUGAGUAGUGAAAUAGAAUAAAGACAUCUCUUUCAUAACUA